GUUGUAUCAGUGCCCUGUAUAUUGUUUGCUCAGUCGGCCGUAGAAUUUGAUCUUUUUCGCGAAACGGAAUUAAAUAUACUUGUAUAAUGUGGAUGACAGUACUUCUAAGUUUAUUUCUACUGCUGAUAGUGUGGAAGCUCCUGGAGCGGCUAAACCGUAAAUACUUUAUCCUGACCCUAGCAAAGCGUGUACAGACUGUGGAUGGCAGCCCACUGGAGACCAAAGUGUUUGUGCAGCCGGGAAAGACCAGAUUCGGCAAUAAUUUUGAUAUACUGAAAUUCACUCCAUCAAUGGUGUUUAGAUAUGUCAGAGAUGCCCAUGCCAAGGCCGGGGGACGAAGCUUUAUGUUUUAUUUCCUAUUCAGGGGAAUGUACAAUGUAGUUCGUGCUGAGGAUGUCGAGGAAAUCUUGCAAAGUACCAAACUGAUAACUAAGAACGUCAUAUACGAAUUACUAAAACCCUUUCUAGGCGAUGGUUUACUUAUCAGCACAGAUCAAAAGUGGCAUUUUAGAAGGAAGCUACUGACGCCCGCUUUUCAUUUCAAUAUACUACAAAGCUUUCUAGAUAUAUUCAAGGAGGAAACCCAUAAGCUUAUAUGUGAGCUACAGGAGAAGGUGGACGUUGAAUUGGAGCUAAAUCAGAUUAUUCCUCAGUUUACGCUUAACAACGUUUGUGAAACUGCGCUUGGCGUCAAGCUUGAUGAUAUGAUAGGAAGUGCACAAUAUCGUAAAUCAAUGCACGCUGUAGAGGAAGUUAUGGUUGAGCGGAUUUGUAAUCCGCUUUUCUUUUUGGAGCUAUACUUUUAUAUUUACGGCAGUUAUAGAAAGCACGUGACGAAUCUUAAGAUAGCCCAUGAAUUCUCUAGUCGCAUCAUCGAGCGAAAGAGAGAACAGUUCAAGAAGCGGCAGUCGGGAAUUGUGGAUGAUUGCGGAAGGAAAAAACGAUAUGCAAUGCUGGACACACUCCUGGGAGCUGAGGAUGAGGGUCUUAUUGAUCAUCAGGGCAUUUGUGAUGAGGUCAACACGUUCAUGUUUGAGGGCUACGACACCACGUCCACCUGUCUCACAUUUACCCUGCUUAUGUUAUCACUACACGAAGAUGUCCAGCAACAUUGUCUUGAGGAAUUUCAGAAUCUUUCAGAAAACGACGACGAUCUCAGCGUAUUCGAUUAUAAUGAGCUGGUUUAUUUGGAGUGUGUAAUUAAGGAGACCUUGCGUCUUUAUCCCCCAGUUCCAUUCUUUGGUCGUGACUGUACGGAGCAAAGCGUCGUAAAUGGUCUUAUCUUGCCAAAGGAUACACAGAUUAAUAUUCAUGUAUUUGAUAUCAUGAGAGAUCCGCGCCACUUUCCAAAUCCCACCGAAUUUAAUCCGGAACGGUUUCUACCCGAAAACACAGUCAAUCGUCACCCAUUUGCCUUUAUUCCCUUUAGCGCUGGACAACGUAAUUGCAUUGGACAAAAAUUUGCUAUUUUGGAGAUGAAAGUUUUGCUAGUUUCAAUAUUAAGAAAUUUUAAACUAUUGCCGGCUAUGCAACUAGAGGACAUUAUCUUUGAAUAUGGCAUUGUCUUACGCUCUAAAAAGAAUGUUAAGGUUAAAUUUCAAAGCCGUCGGAGAUCCUAAGAUCGGACA